CCGCUCACAAAAAGAAGGGUUCAGCCCCUUAUUUAUAACCCUAGCGCCUACCCUUCCCCAUCCAUCUUCCUGCUCGCCACCACCGCCGCCCUCAAAAUUGGCCUAAGUGCCGCCGGAAGGAGAGGAUGAAUCGCGUGCGGUCAGAAGAUCUUGCAGUCGAUAGAGCGAUCGAUCGGUACGGAAUUCAUGAGGUGGGAGGGCCUCUGCUAGUCGGUGGGGUUGAUUUGCUCAACACACGAACUGGCCUCUUCUGUGAUAACGGGUUGCGCCACAUCCUCACCGAUGAGCAGCGCUUUCGAGCUUAUUUGGAAUUCCGCGAGCAGGCGUUCCAAAUCGCCGUGACUGAACUGAUGUCUGGAGCGGAAUCAACUGUUGAUAUGUUUCUAUCAAUUGCCGCGGAUAGACAGCAAUUCGGUAGCCAUCUUGUUGAGUACAUGUUGCCCUGCACGAGGCAUGAUGGGAUUUCCUCCAUCUUCGUGCAAUCCGCCAUUGACCGUGAUGGACCUAAUGGAUCUGAGGCUGAAAAGUUGUUUUGCCGAGUAUUGUAUGCUCUUCAGAGAUAUUUUGCACUCCGAAGACUUCUUGUGAAGCUUGACUUUAUUCAGUUGAGUAGUGAUCCUGAAGAUGUUAUAAAAAGGCUUAAAUCUUCAAUUAGAUGCCCAGAGCUGCGAGAAGACGAGCUAAGCUUUUCUUUAAAGAGUCAUAUGAACUUUCUGAAGAAAUAUGUGGAGAAGAAAAUGGACCCUGCAUACAGCAUAUCUGAGUAUGAAAAUUUAGCUUUGAAGAAGAUCAAUUCAGAGCUGAGUUCAGAAUUACAGAAGCAUUUGGAUCUCCAUGAUUGGAGGCUUAUGCAGCAAUACUAUGACCGUAUGAAAUUAAGGAGGCUCGCAAGAGAGUGUGCUAUUCAAGCACAAAUGACUGGAACUAUUAUUAUUGGAGAGGCUCUGCCUAUAAGAAAGCAUGGCAAGGAAAAUAUUCUAUCUGCAAAUCUGGAAGAGAAGUUACCUUUAUUUAAAGAAGCAGUGAAACAGUCACUUAAUGGUUACAUCAGUAGAAUACAACAGAAGUUCAGGAGUGGAGCCGGUAGGCCGUUGCCAUUGCUAUUUCUCGGUACAUUUACAACGAUUGCAACAUGGGGCAUCAAAACGGAGCGUUAGAGCUGGCUCCUGCCUGUUUAACGAACGGGCGGACCCACCCAGCCCAUGGACCUUCACGGAUGGCUGCAGCACCCUCGGUGGUCGGCAGCACCGCUGGUGGGAGAUGGCACCCCUUUGCGGCACGGCUGUGUGCUGCCGUCAUUUGCUUGCAACAUCGCCAUUGUGAGGCAAUGCCUUGCAGCAACGGCGCCUGUAGGUCGUAGCACCAAGCAUCCUCCUUGGCAGCACCACCGCACACCAAUCACAGAAUCACCUCACGGCACCGCCGUAUCCCCUUCGCAGCACCGCCGCCUCCAGCUUGAAGCAUCGACAACCUCUGUUUGCAGCAGCACCGCACAACGGUCGCACCCUCGCCUCGCGGCACCGACGCAUCCUCCUCGCCGCACCACCUGCCUGGCCUCGCUGCAGUACCAUCUCUCGAUUGCAGCACUGACGACCUCGGUUUGAAGCAGCACUUGCAGCAGCGCCGGCUAGCAAGCGACACCAAUCAUGUGAUCUGCUAGGGAAGCGCCGGCUCGUUUUUGUUCGGCACCGGCGUUAAGCCAGCAGCGCCCAUGGCAGCGGAUUUGGUGGGAUUGGGUGGUUGGCGUGCGUCUGCAUGAGUGGGGGAUUGGGAGGAUAAGGAAGAAAGAUAAUGUGGGUGGGACCCACGGGAGCGCAGCGCUGGCUCGUUUUUGUUCAGACACGAAAAGGACACGCGUUGAGCAGAGAAAACGGCCGACGCGAGCGUGAGAUCCGUCGGGGGAUAAAAAUCGUUUCCCUAAAUUCUGGCCCAUCGGGAGAUGUGUCCUCAGGAUUCAGGAACAUGGUCCGAAACAAAUUAUCUUGGGCCACUGCAGGAGAAUGGGUAGAUAAUUUGCUUUUGGCGAGCCCCAGACAGGAGUUAGGCGAAACUCCCGUUCCGUCAGGAUUUCUUAUUAAACCUUGAAGACGCUGAUAUCCUUAUUAAAUCUUGGUCUCUGAUUCAAACAUGGUCCACUUUUCGCCCAUGUCUCACUGCGGGCAGUACAAGACAAUUGCUGUGCUGGCCCAUUAGACAUGGCAAGAAGACCACUUCUCGUUAUAGUUAUAUAGUUCCUCAAAAAAAAAAGUUAAUAGUUAUAGUUCAUCCCCCACAAUUUAACCAAAAUUAGCCCACGUGUCAAUAGUUAUUCCUCUUUUCGCAUCGAAGUUGUGAAAUCUUUUCCUGGUCGUAAACACGGGACAAAUCAAUCCCAUCAUGAUCUCUUAUCAUCCCGCCCAUGGUUAAGGCUUCUACUACUUCCAUGCUCAAAUCCGCCAUGUCUACAAUUUGAUUACUACUUCCUUCGAUUCAUAAAAAGCGUCGCACAUUUUGUAUUGAGUUAGUAAACAAAUUGGCGACACUUUUUAUGACCGGCGGAAGUACAUAUUUUUACAAAUUCAAAUAUUAAUUCGUUGACCAA